AGGACAUGUCUCCCCUUAUGGGAGAUGUCUCCCCUGAUAGACAUGUCUCCCCUGGUGAGACAUGUCUCCAGAGGUUGUGGAUUCAUUUAAAGAGCAUCAGAAGUUUGUCUUUUCUUAGAUGGUCUCAGAGGUCAGAGGUCAGAGGUCAGCCUAUUUCCAAUUAGAAAAGCAUGACCUCUUAAUUAAGAUCAUUAACGAAGACACGGAUGCAGGUUUAAUCUUCCAGAACAGGACAAUUAACAGGAUGAAGAUGAUGAGACUCUGGGGGAUGAAGUAAAUUUAAUGUGGUCCAGAUUACAAAUUGUGUUUCUUGAGUUUCUUGCUGCAGGAAAACUGGACAAAGAAGGAACAAAAGAAAAGAGACAGAUGUGACUUCAACAGAUAAAAAGACGAGAGGAACAACUAGAGGAACAACUGGAGAACUAGCUAGAGGAACACUGAGAUGAACAACAAGAGGACCAAAUGAAGGAACAGUUAGAAGAACAACUAGAGGAACAGCCAAGAUGGCGAUGAGCAGCAUCCUCAGUAACGACAACAUCAAGAAAGCUCUGGAUGCAUUUGCAGUUGCUGACUCUUUCGACCAUAAGAAGUUUUUCGAGAUGGUGGGUCUGAAGUCUUCAUCCUCUGAUGAUGUGAAGAAGGUCUUCACAUUGCUGGACGCCGACAACAGUGGCUUCAUCGAGGAGGAGGAGCUCAAAUUCGUCCUGAAGGGUUUCGCCAAAGAUGGCAGAGACCUGACAGACAAAGAAACCAAAGCCUUUUUAAAAGCAGCUGAUAAAGAUGGAGAUGGAAAGAUCGGGGUGGAAGAAUUCACUGCCCUUGUGAAAGAAUAAGUUUUUCUUUGUCACGGUUAAAGAUCAGCUCCCAAACUGUCCCCCAUCCCUCACCCCCUCACCUCAACUCCCCUCCCAACUAACUACAUCCGGUUCCUGCUGCUACCCCCUCCUCUCCAGACUUCACGUGUUCAUUGAUCAUUUUGAUACACACAGAUUAAGAUGAACAGAUGCAGGAACAAAUGCAUGAAGUAGAAAUUUAAGGAAACUGAUUCAAGGAGAAAGACCUUCCUCUCUCCGCCUCUCACAUCCAUCCCUCCAUCCCUUUCUCCUCUAGUAAUGCGCUGUGUAAAGCAAACCAAAAGAUGACAGAAGCUGCGAAAGAAGAAAAUAAAAAGAAAACAACA